AAGAUCAUCUGCUAAUAACAACAACAUUAUCUAAGCGAUUACCCCAUUUUUUCCACCCGGUACACUCCACUACACCAUACACAUUUCACACCAACACAAAAUACACAAAUUUAACAUAAUUCAAGUAAAUUUUCACAAAAUUCCACAAUCAAAUCUAUACUGAUCAAAAUCAACAGGUUUUCAUAAAAUUUACGCGUGUCUUGUGAACAAAUUUAGUGACAAAUGUUUACAAGGAUGUAAACAAACCACCAGUAGUAGAUUUUUACAAGGGGUUUGGACGGAUGUGAACAAACUGAAAUUUGGAGAAUAAAUAGUGGACUUUUGAAUUGAAUUAAUGUAGAUGUGAACAAACCAAAAUUCAAUAAACAAGUGGACUUUUACAUCGAGUUGAAGUAGAUGUGAAGAAUCCAAACUUCAAAGAACAGUGAUAUACUUUUAAAUCAAGUUGAAGUGGAUGUGAACAAACCAAAUUACAACGAGGAAGAAGACCUUUUUAACGAGUUUAGGUGCAUGUGAACGAACUAACAGGAGGUAAACUUUACUUUUAUUAAUCUUUACAAAGUUCUCGUGUAUGAGAAAAACCUGACAGAUUCGAAAACAAGACCAAAAAUGUUCAUGUCAGCUGCCCAAAACAGUAUCACAGUGAGAACAGAUCGCAUAAUCGACAAACUGCUGAAAGUGCAAAACGUUUACAACCCUCUGGUGAGUCUGAGUAGUGAUGACAUCACCUUUCUCUGUCUGACAGUGAGGGAGAUACUUCUCAACGAACCCAGUCUGCUGGAGAUAUCUCCUCCCGUCAAGAUAUGUGGAGAUAUCCAUGGACAGUAUCCUGACCUUGUGAACUGGUUCAAUGUAGCUGGGUUCCCCCCUACAACGAGAUAUCUCUUUUUGGGAGAUUAUGUCGAUCGCGGCCGGCAGAGUAUUGAAGUUAUGUCGCUGUUAUUCGCGUUCAAGAUAAGAUACAAGAGCAGCAUAUACUUGGUACGAGGCAACCACGAGUCAGCGAGCGUGAACAAGGUGUACGGCUUCUAUGACGAGUGUAAACGACGCUACAGCGUCAAACUGUGGAAGAGCUUCGUCGACUGCUUCAACUGUCUGCCGGUGGCUGCCAUUGUGGAACACAAGAUAUUCUGCUGUCACGGCGGUAUCAGUCCUUCGCUCAAGGAUUUGCAACAGAUAAAAGACAUAGUACGACCAACAACAGUGCCGGACAAGGGAGUGAUGUGCGACCUGCUAUGGGCUGACCCCAGUAGCCUGGUGGAUGGGUGGGCUCCCAAUGACAGGGGGGUGUCCUAUACCUUUGGGGCCAAUGCGGUCUACGAGUUCCUAUUCAAGUUUGAUUUGGAACUGAUCUGUCGCGCCCACCAAGUGGUGGAAGACGGCUACGAGUUCUUCGCCAACCAAUCACUGGUGACCAUUUUCUCGGCGCCCAACUACUGCGGCGAAUUCGACAACGCCGGCGCACUGAUGGCCGUCGACGAGAACUUGGUCUGCUCGUUUGUGCUGGUCAAGAGCAGCACUGACAAGGAGAACAGGAGCCACAAGAAGGAGAUGAAGACCGAGUCGAAGACAAUGUGGAGCGACCAGUUCAAAAAUGUUGACGAUUUCGAGUGAAACAGGAAGAAGGACCGAGAACGAUAUUGAUACAAGAGGAGGAGAAGAAGAAGGAGGAAAUGAAGGAGAAGAAGAUGAAGAAGAAGGGGAGAAGUAAAGGAAGAUGAAGAAUAAGAAAGGAGUAGUUGAAGACAGAAUCCAAGAAAAUUUGGAGUGAAAAUUUCUAAAAUGUUGACGAUUUCAAGUGGAAGAGGAAGGACAGAGAAGGAGAUGGAGAAAAGAGGAAGAGAAAACUGGAGGAGAAGAAGAAAAUGGAAAUAAAGGAGAAGA